AUGAAGACAUUCUUCGCGGCAGCGGUGAUGCUGUUCGCCGUUCCCUUCGCCGUCGGGCAAUCCUCGUCAACGUGUGGUCCUGCGCCAUCAGGCUCGAUCCAAGUCUCGCUUGCCUCUGGCUAUCGUAUGCAAGUCGUUGCGACCGGACUGUCCAAACCGCGUGGGAUUCUCCUCGACAACGCUGGUAAUUUGCUAGUUGUCGAGCAAGGAAGAGGAGUCAUAUCGGCACAUACCUUGAAUGAAGACAAUGCAGGUUGUAUCACAGUGACAUCGACAGAGGACGUAACGUCGGCAUUAGAUCUGAACCAUGGCAUAGAGCUGUCCAGCGAUGGGAAGACUCUCUAUGCCUCUUCGUCGGACCAGGUGUUUUCCUGGCAAUACUCUCAGUCGUCAAGAACCGUGUCAAAUCGCACCAUACUCGUCAACAAUAUGGCUGGCACAGACCACACCACUCGAACCUUAUUGCUCUCCAAGAAGGCCCCUGGCCUACUUGUGGUGACCAGAGGAAGCACCUCCAACAUCGAUUUUGCUGCAGCAAGUUUGAGCUCCGGGCACUCUCAGAUCAAAGCAUUCAACUUGACCAAUCAGACCGGCACUCCCUACAAUUUUGACACAGCUGGGCUCCGUUUGGGCUGGGGGUUGAGGAACGAUGUAGGAAUCGCGGAGCACCCUGUUUCAGGAGGGCUUUACUCGGUCGAAAAUUCUGCUGAUCAAAUCACUCGAAUGGGCGUGGACGUACACCAGGAUAACCCUGCCGAAGAAAUGAACUUUCUGGGAUAUCUGAAUGGAACCAAGUACGCUCCUCAAGGUGGCAACUUUGGAUAUCCAUGGUGCUUCUCAGCGUGGGGUGUUCAAGACCUUCCCGACAACAGCAACUUGACGGUUGGCAGUCAGUUUGCCAUAGACGCCAGUGCUGACUCCAACAACGAGAAUCGAACCGAUGCUUACUGUGCGGAGCAAUUACCCGCACGCUUGGUCUUCCAGGCUCACAUGGCUCCUCUCGAUAUCAAAUUCAACAACAGUGGCACAGAAGCUUGGAUCACUUUCCACGGAAGUUGGGACAGAGACAUGCCCACUGGAUAUAAACUGAGUGUUGUGGCAUUCCACAAGGAUGGCGAGCCUGUCGAUGAUCUUCAGAGUACCACGGCUGCUCGCGAUAUCUUCGCCAACGCAGACAACUCGAAGUGCCCAGACGACUGUUUCCGACCCGUGGGCAUGGCGAUCGACGAUCGCGGUCGAAUCUUCGUGUCCUCGGAUGCCUCUGGCGAGGUCUAUCUUGUUUCAAAGGUCUCAGAAGGCAAUGCCACGCCCUCUACUACAUCGGGAUCGCCUUCUCCCACCUCAAGUUCAUCAGCUGCUGUCUUCAACAAGCCGUCCUUCCUGUUACCUGUUGCGGUGCUUUUGAGCGUUAGCAUCCUGAAUGCCCUAAUGAUAUGA